AUGGUUCCGAAUAUCGUUCGGGAAGCCGAUCAUAUCCGGGAAAAGGCGAAGAAAGAUCUGCUUGGUCUCCUUGAAGGCGUUAGGGGAAAGAAGAACCUUGUCCUCAGCAAGAGCCUCACCGGGCCGUUGGGUCUAUUUGUUGGGUUCGCGACACUCAAGGAUUAUGGCGUGGAUAAGGUGUUCGAACUUGAGAACGAUAAUACGGAUUCUUCUCAGCGGAACAUCGUCUACCUGGUCCAUGGCGAGAAAGCUGGCCCUGUUCAAGCUGUCGCUGAGCAGAUCAAACGCUUACCGCGGAAUGAACACGAAAUCCACAUCUUCUGGGUACCCCGACGCACGUUGGUCUCUAACAAGAUUUUGGAGGAUGAGAACGUGCUUGGCGACGUGAACGUCGCUGAGCUAUCGCUCUUCUUCCUCCCUCUCGAGAAUGAUUUGUUGUCCCUGGAGAUCGAAGACGCCUUCAAUGAUCUCUACUGGCGACAUGAUCCGACCUCGAUUUUCCUGGCGUCAAAAGCGCUUAUGCAGAUUCAACAGCGGCACGGGUUAUUCCCACGGAUGCUUGGAAAAGGUGACAACGCUCGCAGGCUAGCAUCGCUACUCCAGCGAGCUCGCAAGGAACUCGAUGCCGACGAGGCGGCCACGCAAUACACCAACAUGCCGAGCACGAGCAUUGAGAGCCUGAUCAUCAUCGACAGAGAUGUAGACAUGGCAACACCACUUCUCACACAGUUGACGUAUGAGGGCUUGAUAGAGGAGCUGAUCGGGAUCAAACAUAAUCAAGCCGAGAUCGAUUCAUCCAUUGCUGGAGCAGGGCCGCAGCAGAGAACCGCGGGGUCAUCCUCGACCGCGGCUCCAGCGCGUCAGUCGUUGAAGCGUAAGAUCAAGCUCGACAGUGCAGAUACAUUGUUUGGCCAGCUGCGAUCGGCCAAUUUUGCUCGAGUGGGACCAAUGCUCAAUCAAGUGGCUCGACGGUUGGAGUCUGAUUACGAGGGACGACACAACCGGAACAUUAACGAACUGAGAGACUUCGUCAAUAAGCUACCUGGACUUCAAUCUGAGCAUCAGUCCCUGGGCCUGCAUACCAAUCUCGCUGACGAUAUGAUCAAACACACCCGGUCUGACAUCUUCAACAAGGAACUUGAAGUGCAGCAAAGUCUCGUGGGCGGCGGAGAUCCGUCGUACCAGCAUGAUAAUAUCGAAGAGCUAAUUGCACGUGACGCACCCAUCGCCACUGUGCUGAGAUUGAUUUGCCUCGAAUCCACCAUAGCAGGCGGAUUGAAGCCUCGCGAUCUGGAGUCCUUUAAGCGCCAAGUUCUUCACGCCUACGGCUACCAACAUCUGCUCACGCUCAACGCACUGGAGAAGAUGGAGCUCUUGUUGCCGAGAUCAGGUGCCAACGCGCUCCUGCUGCCCGUAGGAGGCGCUCAGAAUGGUUCGGGCACUAAGACCAACUACACGUACCUACGGAAGGAGCUCCGACUGAUCAUCGAUGAAUACAACGAGAAUGAUCCCGACGACAUCGCCUUUGUCUAUUCCGGCUAUGCGCCAUUGAGCGUGCGCCUGGUUCAGUGCAUCUUACAGAAGCAGUAUCUGCAAACACUGCAUAAGUCACCCUUACCUCUCACUCCAUCAAGCACAGGCUGGACCGGGUUCGAAGACAUUCUCAAAUCAGUUAAAGGACCAACUUUCAACAUUCUACAACGUGCAACAGACGAGAAAGCAGGCAAGGCUAAAGCGUCCUUGACGGGAAGCGCCGGUUGGAAAACAAUCUUCGUCAUGUUCCUCGGCGGCAUCACCUUCACUGAGAUCGCCGCUCUUCGCUUCGUCAACAAGAAGCUCGAAGAAGCCGGUCAGCGCCGCAAGAUCAUGAUCUGCACCACCGGCAUCGUCAGUGGGCGGAGUAUCAUGGAGGGCGCAAUCGAGAAGUCAACCCUGGGCUCGGGCAUACAGCAGCCGGCACAGCCGCAGCAAUAA